CUCCUUCCCUCCCUCCCUCCCUCCCCCCCACUCCCCGGCAGGGCCCCGGGGUGAGCAUGGUGCCCUAGCAGCGCUGGGACCAUGUCGGAAGCGGCCCGGAGCCUCCUGCAGCGCUGGGGCGCCAGCUUCAGGAAAGGGACCGACUUCGACUCCUGGGGGCAGCUCGUGGAGGCGAUAGACGAGUAUCAGAUAUUAGCAAGGCAUUUACAGAAAGAGGCCCAAUCUCAGCCCAACAACUCGGAAUUCACAGAAGAUCAAAAGAAAAUCUUAGCUAAGAUCGCAACAUGCCUGGAACUCAGGAGUGCAGCUUUGCAGUCUACACAGUCCCAGGAUGAAUUUCAGCUAGAGGAUCUGAAAAAACUAGAACCAAUCUUAAAGAAUAUUCUUACCUAUAAUAAAGAAUUCCCCUUUGAUGUUCAGCCUGUUCCACCAAGGAAGAUCUUAGCCCCUGGUGAAGAGGAAGACUUAGAAUUUGAAGAAGAUGAGGAGGAGGGUGGAGCUGGAGCAGGAUCUCCAGAUGCGUUUCCUGCCAGAGUUCCAGGCAUGGCUCCAUCGUGUAACCAUGUGCUACAUCAUUCAUCUAAUCCAGGAGCCAAUGAAGGUACUUUAUUACCCAGAUUGCCAUCUGAACCCGGGAUGACGUUACUUACUAUCAAGAUAGAGAAAAUUGGUCUUAAAGAUGCUGGGCAGUGCAUCGAUCCCUAUAUCACAGUUAGUGUGAAAGAUCUGAAUGGGAUAGAUCUGACCCCUGUGCAAGACACCCCAGUUGCUUCAAGGAAAGAGGACACAUAUGUUCAUUUUAAUGUGGACAUUGAGAUUCAGAAACAUGUUGAAAAAUUAACAAAAGGUGCAGCUAUUUUCUUUGAAUUUAAACACUAUAAGCCUAAGAAGAGGUUCACCAGCACCAAAUGCUUUGCCUUCAUGGAGAUGGAUGAAAUUAAACCUGGACCAAUGGUUAUAGAAUUGUACAAAAAACCCACUGACUUCAAGAGGAAGAAACUUCAACUGUUGACCAAGAAGCCACUUUAUCUCCACCUUCAUCAAACACUGCACAAAGAGUGACUUUUGUGAACUGAACCACUUGCCACAAAAACCAUAGUAGCUGCCUAUGUAGCACUCAUCGUUCAGGUGGCAGGGGGAAAAAGGCUGCAUUAACUCAGCUGGUCACAUGGGACCAACAUACGAUGCACAGCAGUGGAUCAGCAGCCAAGCCCACCACCCAAGUCCAGGUUUCUUUGGAAUGUAUAUUUUUAUCACAGAUGUUCCAAAGUGUGUCGUGAGUUUUUCCUAAUUCGGCUGGUUGUGUGAGUUCAGUUUGUAAUUUGGUUUCUACACCCAUAUCAGAACCCUUAAAGGCAGUUGGGAAGUCCUCAUCUGCUAAACCUGAUACAGCAAUAAAGAUGUGCCAGUAUCAAACUUUUA